AUGCAGCACGAUACGCAGACGAUUCGUGCCCGUCGGCCGCCGCACCUCAACUUACAUCAGCGCACGAAUAUCAUGCAGAUGCCCCAUUUCGCGCCUUUUGAUGUAAAUACCUCACAGCAGACUGCCUCGUACCCCGAGCCGCUCUCAGCGACGAGCCAUGGCUCCUUCAUGGCCGGCACACCUCGCGAGUACAGCUCUCCGACCGACCGCUCCGCCGUCGACGAGAACGAAGCCGAGACGAUCCGACCGAUACGCAGAAAGGAGAACAGCGUCGACCGUUCACUGGAGACGCUCACCAACGCAUUCGACAGCUAUCAAGAACUAAAGGUGGAGACUGGCAUCUCAUCCGAAGAGGUGCACUCCUACAUUGACGGUCCCUCCACGUCAACGGGACUGUGGACGUGCACGUUCCAGAACUGUGGAAAAGAGUUCUCUCGCAAAGAGAACGUCAAGUCCCACGUCCAGACGCACCUCAACGACCGCCAGUUUCAGUGCGAAGAGUGCAAGAAGUGCUUCGUGCGCGCCCACGACCUCAAGCGCCAUGCUCGCAUCCAUCUCACAGACAAGCCCUAUAUCUGUCCCUGCCAAAAGGCAUUUGCGAGGCAAGAUGCUUUGACGAGGCACAGGCAGAGAGGCAUGUGCGAGGGUGCUCUGGACGGCGUGGUGAGGAAGUCUGCCAAGCGCGGCAGGCCAAGGAAGAACCCCGAGAUUGUUGGUGACCGACGCGAGAGGAAGGCCCGGACGAGGCGGCAGAACAACAUGUCGAUCAGCUCCGUGUCAACGAUGUCGAGCGUUUCAACAUAUACCGACAGUUCCGCAGCCGCCUCGCCUGAGCAGAUGCUCGACUAUCACUCCAUGGUGAACCUUCAACACCUCUCGCACGACGUUCAACAGAUGACGAUUCCGGAAUUCGACAACAGCGCAACUUCAUCGGCACCCAUGCCAACCGGGCGCCCCUUUACCCAGCAGGUUUCAACACCCGUGAGGUCAAGAUCAAUGGUCAAGAGGGAGCCGGCGGAUUUUCCGUCUUUCUCGAGUCCUCAGCCAUAUCUUCAGCCAGCAUCAACUACCCCGAGUCAGCAAACUCUCAUGAGCGACCCGCUCUCGCAGCCAUGCGUCUCACCCGCUGUGCUCAUGGGCGUCACCCCUACGAGCAUCGACUCGCACCAGGGAGUGUUGACGUCGCCAUCUGAUGUAUCCUCAGGCCAGCACUCACAAGGGCCUGAAACGCCCUUCCUGUCAUUAGACAUGGACUUGAGUCAGCCUGAAGGCUUUGGCGACUUGCCGGAACUCACAGCAAGUAGCAGCUUCGGCUCGCUGGACGAUUUCAACGACCAGCUCUAUAGCUUCGAUGAUUUCCAGGCGCAGAUGGCUGCGGAGACCUUCUUUGGUAGCAAUGGGGACACCCACGCCAACCUGUACAUUGAGCAAUGGCGGCUCGAUCAAGCCCUCGGUGGUUUCCAAGACGGAGGAAUGUCUAACGCGAUGUGGAGCGACAAGUGA